AAGACAAAUCCGAAAAUUCUGAGUGUCCUAUGUUGAGAUUGCCUGAUCACCACCAAUUACUAACUUCCCAAUAAUUUCCAACCUCCCCAACACUACCAAUUGUAUAUAUUUAUGAUAUAUCCCCUAACCCAAACACUAUGCCCGCAUCUUUACCGCCCUUCUUACAACAUUCUCACAGAAAACCUUCCAAAAAACCUCUUUGGAAAUCCACUUGUUUGCUUCUAUCAAUGUCCACUCUUCUUCUCCUAUCCCUUCUUUCCCUCACCCUUUUCUUCACCCUCUCUUCUUCCUCUCACAACCACCACGACCAUCAAGACCCGCAUUUAUCGCCUAAAAGUUCCCCUGUUUCCACCCCUACCUCUUCGCAAAUCCACCUUGCAUGCCAAUCCACUCGCUUCCCACAGCCAUGUGAGACAUCCCUGACACGAUCCUCCAGUCUCCCUCCUAACCCAACCUCCCUCCAGAUCAUCCAAUCAGCCAUUGCCGUCUCUUCCGAAAACCUCAAAACCGGAAAAUCCAUGGUAAAAUCCAUCCUCGACUCCUCCAAAGGCAACCUUAACCGUACCAACGCCGCCACCACCUGCCUGGAAAUUCUUUCAUACUCAGACUACCGCAUGAACUCAGCCAAUGACGGAUUGACACGUGGCAAGAUCAAAGAUGCGCGUGCAUGGAUGAGCGCGGCCCUGUGCUACCAGUACGAUUGUUGGAGCGCCCUCAAGUACGUAAACGACACCAAAUUGGUCGAUCAAACGAUGGCGUUUUUGGACUCUUUAACCGAACACAGCAGCAACGCGUUGUCCAUGAUGGUCUCUUACGAUAAUUAUGGGAAUGAUAUAGCCUCGUGGGCCCCUCCCAAAACGGAACGGGACGGGUUUUACGAGAACGGGUCCGGCGGGACGGACUUGGGGUUUAACGGGGGUUUUCCGUCGGACUUAAAGCCGGACGUAACGGUGUGUAAAGACGGGAGCGGAGGGUGUUACAAGGCCGUGCAAGACGCCGUUAAUGCUGCUCCGGAUAAUGCAGAGACGACACGCCGUUUCGUGAUACAUAUAGAGGAAGGGGUUUACGAGGAAACCGUUAGGGUUCCGUUUGAGAAGAAAAACGUGGUGUUUUUGGGGGAUGGGAUGGGUAAAACGAUUAUCACGGGUUCUGCAAAUGUGGGGCAGCGUGGAAUGACCACUUACAAUUCGGCUACGGUCGGAGUUCUUGGGGAUGGAUUUAUGGCCAGUGGCCUCACAAUCAAGAACACAGCAGGCCCUGAUGCCCACCAAGCAGUAGCCUUCAGAUCAGAUAGCGAUCUUUCUGUCAUUGAGAACUGUGAAUUCAUAGGCAAUCAAGAUACUCUCUAUGUUCACUCACUCCGCCAAUUCUACAAGAAGUGCCGUAUUCAGGGGAAUGUGGACUUCAUCUUUGGAAAUUCUGCUACAGUAUUCCAAGAUUGCGAAGUUUUAGUUGCUCCCCGGCAGGUAAAGCCAGAAAAAGGUGAGAGCAAUGCCAUCACAGCUCAUGGAAGAACCGAUCCUGCUCAAUCAACUGGUCUUGUUUUCCAGAACUGCUUGCUCAAUGGAACUGAUGAAUACAUGAGAUACUACUAUAGCAAGCCUAAAGUGCACAAGAAUUUCUUGGGAAGGCCAUGGAAGGAGUAUUCACGGACAGUUUUUAUAAACUGUGUCAUGGAAGCUCUUAUCACUCCGGAGGGGUGGAUGCCAUGGAGUGGUGAUUAUGCAUUGAGAACACUUUUCUAUGGAGAAUUUGGGAAUUCUGGACCAGGAUCUAAUGUGUCUACAAGAGUACCAUGGAGUUCCCAAAUUCCAGCACAGCGUGUUUAUACUUAUUCAGUCCAAAAUUUCAUUCAAGGAGAUCAGUGGAUUCCAACAUCAUCUUGAUUUUUCUUUUCCCAUAUUGCCAAGAAUCUUCUUGAUUAUUAAGUCAAAAUCAUUAAGAUUGUAAAGCCAAGGAGAGUUUAGUCGAUCAUCGAAUUUAUCUGUUACAAACACUUUGGGUAGUAUGUGUCAUAUUGCAAUAUUGCAUAUCCUAUUAUUACACAAAGAAAGGGUUUUACUUUCCCUUCCUAUAA